CUCCGGGCAGCCCAAUAUAUCUGUUACCACUACCAUGUCCCUACUUUCUUCUCUUUCCUGCAGACUACAUUCCUGAAACACAAUUAAUCCAAAAUCUAGACUUCCAGUUGACUAGACUAUGGCUUCCGCCGGUCCUCAGUUUACGGACAAGGCCGCAAAGGCGCUGGGCGAUGCUGCCAACCUUUGCGAGCAAUACGCCCACACCCAAAUCCUACCUAUACAUCUAGCAGUUUCCCUCUUUGAUCCUCCCGCAGACGAGUCGAAAGACCAACAGACGACCGUCAAUGCCUCCCAACAACACGCCUCCGCCCCUCUCUUCAGACAAGUUGUCGAAAGAGCACACGGCGAUGUCCAACAACUCGACAGAGCGCUGAAGAAGGCUCUUGUACGGUUACCCAGUCAAGACCCCCCUCCAGAGCAUGUCACCAUGUCUCCCGCGCUCGCUAAAGUGAUCAGAUCGGCUUCGGAACUACAAAAGACCCAGAAAGACAGCUACGUCGCCGUCGACCAUCUGAUCACCGCUCUUGCGCAAGAUCAGAAGAUCCAAGACUGUCUGCGCGAGGCCAAUAUCCCAAACACUAAACUUGUCGAUGCCGCCAUCCAGCAGAUACGCGGUACGCGGAGAGUCGACUCCAAGACGGCCGACGCAGAAGAGGAAAACGAAAACCUCAAGAAAUUCACAAUCGAUAUGACGCAAUUGGCUCGAGAAGGCAAGAUCGAUCCUGUUAUAGGACGAGAAGACGAAAUCCGGCGUGUGAUUCGGAUUCUUUCAAGAAGAACGAAGAACAAUCCCGUCCUGAUCGGUGAGCCUGGUGUUGGAAAGACCACAAUCAUUGAAGGUCUCGCACAGCGGAUCAUCAACGCCGAUGUGCCAGCCAAUUUGGCCGCCUGCAAACUUCUCUCCCUUGACGUCGGAUCCUUGGUAGCCGGUAGCAAGUACCGAGGUGAAUUUGAAGAGAGAAUGAAAGGUGUUCUGAAGGAGAUCGAGAACUCCAACGAGAUGAUCGUGCUGUUUGUGGAUGAAAUUCACCUUCUCAUGGGCGCAGGUUCUACUGGUGAAGGUGGUAUGGACGCAGCAAAUCUUCUCAAACCCAUGUUGGCCCGGGGUCAGUUACACUGUAUUGGUGCCACUACUCUGAGCGAAUACAGAAAAUACAUUGAGAAGGAUGCAGCUUUCGAACGACGUUUCCAGCAAGUUCUCGUCAAAGAACCUACUGUGCAGGAGACAGUCUCAAUCUUGCGUGGUCUCAAGGAAAAAUACGAAGUUCACCACGGUGUCACAAUCCUCGAUGGUGCCAUUGUUGCCGCAGCUUCGCUGGCUGCCAGAUAUAUCACCCAGCGAAGACUGCCUGAUUCGGCCGUGGAUCUCAUCGAUGAGGCUGCUGCUGACGUCCGCGUCAUCAGAGAAUCCCAGCCUGAAGUGCUCGACAACCUGGAAAGAAAAUUGAGACAACUAGAGAUUGAAAUCCAUGCCUUGCAGAAGGAAACCGAUCCGACCUCAGUGGAACGUUUGGAAGAGGCCAAGCGCGAAGCAGCGAACUGUAAGGAAGAACUCGAACCUCUCAAGGAACAUUACGAGCGUGAGAAGGCAAGAUCAAGGGAAAUUCAAGAUAUGAAGAUCAAACUCGACCAGCUCAAGAACAAGAGAGACGAAGCCGAACGAUCCAAUGAUCUUCAGACAGCUUCAGAUUUGACCUACUAUGCGAUUCCCGACGUCACUGCCAAAAUCAAGCAGAUGGAGAACGCUCGAGCACAGGCCGACGCCGAGCAGCAUGCCAGACUCGGGGCGAUGGGCGAGGUCUCGCCAACCGACGCCGUUGGACCGGAACAAAUCAACGCCAUCGUCUCGAAGAUGACUGGGAUCCCUGUGACAAGAUUGCGAGCUUCUGAGAAGGAGAAGAUUCUCCACAUGGAGCAACACCUCCAAAAAGUGGUCGUUGGACAAAAAGAAGCAGUCAAGGCGGUCUCCAAUGCCAUCAGACUUCAACGGUCUGGCCUCGCGAAUCCCAACCAACCACCAUCCUUCCUUUUCUGUGGUCCUUCGGGUACUGGUAAGACUCUCCUGACCAAGGCUCUUGCCGAAUUCCUCUUCGACGAUUCGAAGGCCAUGAUUAGGUUUGAUAUGUCGGAAUAUCAAGAACGCCAUUCCCUAUCGAGGAUGAUCGGUGCUCCACCGGGUUAUGUUGGACAUGACGCUGGUGGUCAGCUCACAGAGGCACUCCGACGACGACCAUUCUCAAUCUUGUUGUUUGAUGAAGUUGAGAAGGCGGCUAAGGAAGUUCUUACUGUCUUGCUUCAGCUCAUGGACGACGGGCGUAUCACUGACGGCCAAGGUCGUGUCGUCGACGCCAGAAACUGCAUUGUUGUUAUGACCAGCAAUCUUGGUGCCGAAUACCUAUCUCGCAGCAACGGCGCCGACGGCAAGAUCGAUCCUACCACUCAAGAACUGGUCAUGAAUGCUCUACGCAAUUACUUUUUGCCCGAGUUCUUGAACAGAAUCAGCUCGAUCGUCAUCUUCAACCGCUUGUCUAGGAGAGAAAUCAGAAAGAUUGUCGAUCUGAGACUGAGCGAGAUUCAGAAGCGUCUGGAAGCCAACGACAAGAAGAUCUCUAUCAACGCUACCGAGGAAGUCAAAGAUUACCUUGGUGCCGCUGGAUACUCACCGGCUUAUGGUGCUCGUCCAUUACAGCGACUCAUUGAGAAAGAGAUCCUCAACCGGUUGGCUGUGCUCAUUCUCAGAGGAGCCAUCAGGGACGGCGAAACUGCAAACGUUGUGCUGGAGGAUGGCCGGAUCGCGGUUCUACCAAAUCACACUGACAGUGACAUGGAGGACGCAGACAUGUACGAUGACGACGAUGCUAUGCUUGAACUCGAGGAUGCUCCCAACGGGAACAUGGACCUUUACGAAUAAACGAAAUGCAUUUGGGAUGAUGAAAUGAUUAGUGGACAGCGCAAGCGGCGUUUAGCGAAAUGGAAUAUAAACAUUCUAGGAGCGUGUAUUAUCCUAGUAGGAAAAUGCAUGGGAUGUUGUGAUUAGAUAGUUGGACUUGUCUUUUUCAUAGAACAGUCCUACACUUUUAAUUGAUGUGAUAACACAUUGAACACUGA